UUAAUCGCUCAGACAGAACAGAGUCGCCUGCGCCAGCACAGAGGACAUUAGCUCAUUCAGAGGAGAUGGACGCUCUCAGGAGGCUACAAGCCGGGUGGGGGUAUCCCACAGUUCUACUGUGCGUCUAUGGUUUCUUCAGUACCAUCAAACCACUGGAGCCUUUCCUCAUCCCGUACCUGACGGGCCCAGACAAGAACCUCACGACAGAACAGGUGGCCAAUCAGAUCUUCCCUGUGUGGACAUACUCCUACCUGGUCAUCCUGCUGCCCGUUUUCCUUCUCACAGACUACCUGCGCUACAAACCUGUCAUUGUGUUCCAGUGCGCAAACCUGCUCGCUACCACAGUCAUGCUACUGUGGGCGGAAGGCGUGGCCGCCAUGCAGGCCAUGCAGUUCCUCUACGGCGUGGUGACGGCCAGCGAGGUGGCGUACUUCUCCUACAUCUACAGCGUGGUGGACCUGCAGCACUACCAGAAGACCACGUCCUACUGCCGCAGCGUCCAGCUGCUGGGCUACACCCUGGGGGCCGUGCUGGGCCAGGCUCUGGUCAGUUCCAGCCUCAUGUCCUAUCACAACAUCCUCAUCAUGACCCUGGUGAUGACCUGUGUCGCCCUGGCAACCUCCCUCUUCCUGCCAAUGCCACAGAGGAGCGUGUUUUUCCACCGUCAGGACAGCAGGGCAGCGGCGACCCAGCCCUCGGUUGCAAGCACGCCCCCGAACACCCUGGAGGAAGAGGAGGAGAAAGGGGCAGGGGGAAGCGGACCUCCUGAGACGGCCAAAGGGGCGGCGGAGGUUCCCCUGCAGAAGAGCGCGAAAGGCUGCCUUUGGGUCGUGCGGCGCCUGUGGAGGGACUGUCGGCAGUGCUACUCCGGGUCUCUGCUGUGCUGGUCCAUCUGGUGGGCUCUGGCCACCUGCGGCUACAACCAGACCGUCAACUACGUGCAGGUCCUGUGGGAGCACGUGCAGCCAUCGCAGAACUUCACCAUCUACAACGGCGGGGUGGAGGCGCUGUCCAACCUGUUCGGGGCAGCCUCGGCCUCCGCCGUGGGCUUCGUCCAGGUGAACUGGGCGGCCUGGGGGGAGCUGGCCCUGGGUUCCUGCUCCGCCCUGGGGGCGGCUGCCCUCUUCCUCAUGACCUUCACGGGCUCCAUCUGGGUGUGCUACGCUGGCUACGUCAUCUUCAAAAGCCUCUACAUGCUGCUGAUCACCAUAGCGAUGUUCCAGAUUGCGGCAGAGCUCUCCAUGGAGAGGUACGCUCUGAUCUUCGGGGUCAACACCUUCGGCGCUCUGGUGCUGCAGACCGUUCUCACAGCGGUGGUGGUGGACAGCCGGGGGCUGGGCCUGGACAUCGUCCCACAGUUCACCAUUUAUGGGAGUUACUUCUCCACCAUCGCAGCCAUAUUCCUACUGAGGGGCCUGUACGGCCAGGUGAAAAGAUGCAGAGGCCACGCCCACAGCUCUCCUGAAGGAGAGGCUACCUGAGUGACUGCCCAGUCCAUCCCAGCAUUACAACUGUGCAGGCAGUGCCCAUCACUGUGUCAGGGCUGCCCAACCCUGUUCCUGGAGAUCUGCCGUCCUGUAGGUUUUAAUUUCAACCCUAAUUUGGCACAUCUGAUUCGACUGCAUAGCAGCGUGAUGAGAUCUGUAGCUGCUGAAUGAGGUGUGGCUUUGUUAGGGUUGGUCUGAAAACCUACAGGACGGCAGAUCUCCAGGGACAGGGUUGGACAGCCCUGCCGUAAAUCACCUUGUAGUCCAAUGGAUGCCCUCACUGCCCCACGUACCCCCCGUGUGCCCCUCCCCCAUGUGCUGCUACGCCCCCUCUGCACUGCACCGCCUCUCCGCACUCCGCACGGUCCCGCGGAGGAGUGGCCAGGGCGACGGCACCGUGAUCAAACAAACGCAGAUGUGAUCGGGACAUUUUGCUUUGACUUUUUAUUCUUAAUUAAAAGUAAAAUCUAAAUACAAGGCAGAUGAAAAGUGCUAUUACAAUAGAGCUAGAAAUAUAUAUCAGAUUUCCCAGGGCUGCAUGUCCUCCUGUCACCACGACUACCUACCCAGUCAAUCAUCUCCUCUGGGCGUGCCCCCAAGGUGGGGCCAAACCUUUCAUGUCCAACAGAGUGCAAUGUCUUUAUAAUGAUAGCCAUUUAUAAAUCUCUCUAUUUUACAAAAUGUUCCAACACAUGAAUGAGUUGUACAGAAAUACAAAAGAGUUUUUUUUUGUUUUUUAGUUAAAAUCCAUUUUAAUAUAUAUGUACACAUUAACUUAAAUUUCUUUAACACCCAACAUAAGUGGUCUUCGUCUGCGAUGACUUUGAGUGAGCACCUGAGGACGUGACAGGAGAGGAGGGGCCAGCGAGGUCCGGGGGCGGAGCCACAGGCGGCUGGGCGGAGCCGCAGGUCGCUGGCCGGAUCCGGGGGCGGAGUCACAAGCCUUUGCACGGGCAUGGCCGCCCAUGGAAAUGGAACGCAAAGCAUUUUCCUCCUUUCGUCUGCAGAGCCUGUUGUACCUACUGUUUCCGAACCGCCUGUAUUGAUUUGUUUUUUCUUGUCCUUUUCCCACAAAUACAGAAACUCUCAGUAG